AUGGCAGAAAGAGCUUUACAAGAACGUUAUGAAGGGGAACUAUGAGACCCUGAUCUCUCUGGGUAAGGAUCAGUUUUCAUAAGAAUGGCCAUACUGGGUCAGACCAAAGGUCCAUCUAGCCAAACUACGCUGUUUCUAAGCCAGACAUUCUGUCCCGCAUUGAACGAGGGGAGGAGCCGUGUGUCAGGGAUCGGUGGGAAUCACUGGGAGGAUUGGAGGAAAGAAUCCAGAAGAAGGAAGGGCUGGUGGAAAGAGAAAUCCCUGUGGACCCCAGCACAGGCCCUGCCAUUUCCAACCCUGACAUCCUGCCCCAGGCUGAAGGAGGGGAGGAGCCGUGUAUCAGGGGCCAGAGGGGUUUGGCGGACAGAGAAAUUCCCGUGGAGCCCAGCACAGUUUCUACAUCUGACACUUCAACCUGGAUUAAACAAGAGGAAGAGCUGGAUGCUGGGGACCAUCAGGAAUUGGGGGAAGGAAGAAUUCUCUCAGGCUCCAGCAUGGGAUCCCACUGUCCCUGAACAAACUCCUGUGAAUGAAGCCCAUCACCACACUACAGAGAUCUCCUUGUGGACAGUAGUGGCUGCCAUCCAAGCUGUGGAGAGGAAGGUGAAUUCCCAUGCCACACGAUUACUGAAUCUGGAGGAGAGAACAGGGACAACUGAGAAGAAGUUAACAGACGGUGAGAAGACAGCAAUGGAAUUUGGUAACCAGCUGGAGAGUAAAUGGACUAUUUUGGGAACUCUGAUCCAGGAGAAUAAUUUCCUGCAGAGAAGGCUGGAGAACAUGGAGAACCUGCUGAGAAACAGGAAUUUCUGGAUCUUAAGACUGCCCCCAGGCACUAAGGGAGAAGUCCCCAAGGUGCCGGUGACAUUUGAUGAUGUCUCCGUCUAUUUCAAUGAGCAGGAGUGGGAGAACUUAGACGAAUGGCAGAAGGAGCUUUACAAAAACGUGAUGAAGGGGAACUAUGAGACCCUGAUCUCCCUGGAGCAUGGAGCAUUCCUCCCUGAACUGGCUCUGGCCGAUCAACUCCCCCUUCUAUGUGGUGACCCCCGGCUCUUCUGCUGGGAAGCACACCCGGCCUCCACAAGAAAUGACUACGCUGUUUCUAAGCCAGACAUUCUGUCCCGCAUUGAACGAGGGGAGGAGCCGUGUGUCAGGGAUCGGUGGGAAUCCCUGGAAGGAUUGGAGGAAAGAAUCCAGAAGAAGGAAGGGCUGGUGGAAAGAGAAAUCCCUGUGGACCCCAACGCUGGCCCUGCCAUUUCCAACCCUGACAUCCUGCCCCAGGCUGAAGGAGGGGAGGAGCCGUGUAUCAGGGGCCAGAGGGGUUCGGCAGACAGAGAAAUUCCCCUGGAGCCCAGCACAGUUUCCACAUCUGACACUUCAACCUGGAUCAAACAAGAGGAAGAGCUGGGUGCUGGGGACCAUCAGGAAUUGGGGGAAGGAAGAAUUCUCUCAGGCUCCAGCAUGGCAAAUGAUGGGACAGCGAGCAAAGAGAAGGAGAAGUCCUGGAAGGGAUGUCUGGAGAAGCUGGAGCCGCAGGGGAUGUCAUCAGUGAAAUCAGAAGAGGAGGUUUUGCAGAGCCUACAGCAGGGAGCGGCUGCACCGCUGACUAACCCUGCAGUCAGCAGAGUGGAGAAAUCCACCCAGUGCGACCGAGACUUCGGCCUGCUCAAGGGCUUUGUGGUGCAGCCGGGAGAGAAGCCCUUUGCCUGCGGUGAAUGCGGGAAGAGCUUCCGGCUGAAGGGGAAUUUCGUCAAGCACCUGCGGAGCCAUGCCAAGGUGCGGCCCUACAAGUGCACCGAGUGCGAGAAGAGCUUCAACUGCCAGUCAGAGCUGCUGCGCCACCAGAUGAUUCACCGCGGGGAGAAGCCCUACAAGUGCAGCGAGUGCGAGAAGAGCUACAGCCGCAAGGUGUAUCUGCUCAACCACCAGCGUGUGCACACGGGGGAGCGGCCCUUCCAGUGCACGGUGUGCGAGAAGAGCUUCCGGCAGAAGGCCGUGCUCAUCUCCCACCAGCGCCUGCACACGGGCGAGCGCCCCUACCAGUGCACCCAGUGCGGCAAGAGCUUCACUCAGCAGUCCAAGCUGACCAACCACUACCGCGUCCACACCGGCGAGCGGCCCUACAAGUGCACCCAGUGCGACAACAGCUUCAGCGAGAAGUCCAAGCUCAACAACCACUACCGCGUCCACACGGGCGAGCGGCCCUACAAGUGCACCCAGUGCGAGAAGAGCUACUGCCGCAAGGAGUACCUGCUCAACCACCAGCGCCUGCACACCGGCGAGCGGCCCUUCCAGUGCGCUGAGUGCGGCAAGAGCUUCCUGCUCAAGAGGAGCUUCACGAAGCACCAAAGAAACCACAUGGAGGAGAGACCGCACCAGGGCAGCCCCGCUGCUAAAAGCCACGGCAGGUCUGUCGGCCAUCAGGGGAACGAGUCGGGCGAAGGGCUGAAGCGCCGCACUGAGGGCGGGGAAAGCUUCACGGGGAAGCAUGAGCUAGAGACGCACCAGCAGAGCCAUGUCAGGGAGCAGCCACAUCAGUGUGGCACGUGUGGGAAAAGCUUCCAAUACGAGGACUCUCUGAAAGAACAUCAGACUCUCCACAGCGCAGAGCAAGGGCAUCCGGAGGUUUCUCAGAGCCCCGGACAGGGAGCAGAGGCUGGGCUCCUGGUUGUAAAGAUGGAAGAUACAUGCUGCCCGAGGACACGGGGAUGGGCGGGUCCCCCGGGGACGGAGCCUGUUCUCUCGCCCGGUGAGGGCGGGGAAAGGGAGGCGCUUCCCGCCGCCAGGGGCCGCUGCCGCCCCGCUCCCGGCCCGGCCCCGCCCGCCGCUCCCGGCCCCUCCCGGCAGCCAGGCCGCGGCUCCCUCCCUCCCUGCGGGCCGCGCUCGCUCUGCUCCGCCCGGCAGCGGGGCCGGCCCGUGGCGAGGCGGCGCCGGGACUCUGCCCAGCCCGCAGCGGGAGCGGGGCUCGGCCGGGCCGGGCCCGCGGGAGCAGCCCCGCCCGGGGGGGCCAUGGCCGAGCUGGCCGCUGCCCAGGCUCCGGCCGCCCCCUGCCCCGGGCGGCCCCUGCCCGCUUCCGGAGGGACCCCCCGGGCAGAGGGACAGCUGCAAAGGGCAGAGAUUUCCCUCGCUGUCCUGGCUGCCCUCCAAGCCGCGGAGAGGAAGGUGGACUCUCAGGCCGCACGGUUACUGAGUCUGGAGGGGAGAACGGGGAUGUCCGAGAAGAAACUAAUAGACUGUGAGAAGACAGUGGCGGAGUUUGGGAACCAGCUGGAGAGUAAGUGGGCCGUGCUGGGAACUCUGAUCCAGGAGUAUGGGCUGCUGCAGAGGAGGCUGGAGAACAUGGAGAACCUGCUGAAGAACAGGAACUUCUGGAUCCUCAGGCUCCCGCCAGGCACUAAGGGAGAAGUCCCCAAGGUCCCGGUUAUGUUUGAAGACAUCUCAGUCCACUUCUCCAGGGAGGAGUGGGAGAAUUUAGAAGAAUGGCAGAAGGAGCUUUACAAGAACUUGAUGAAAGACAGCUAUGACUCUUUGAUCUCCUUGGACUGUACCAUCUCCAAACCUGACAUCCUAUCACCGACUGAUCAGGAGGAUGAACCAGGUGUCAGGGUGCAGGGAAUUCUGGAGGAGAGAGGAACCCCUGCGGAUCCCAGCACUGACUCUCCAGUUCCGACACCUGACGUUUUAUCCCAGGUUAAACUAGAGGAGGGGUCGUGCAGCAGAGAUCAGCAACAAUUGGAAGACCGAGAAAUCCCUGCAGAUCCCAGCAUGUCAGGUGAUCGGCUUAUGAUCAAAACGGAGGAGGGGACUGUCAGGGAAGGCCAUGACAGCCCAGAGCCACAUGGGGUGCAACUGGGGACAUCCAGAGAGAGCAAGGUGCAGGCUCCUGAGCGGGGAGCACCCUGUGAGAGUCUGCCUGGCCCGGUGAUGCAGCUGAGGAAUGACCUGGGGCAGCCCAGCGAAUGCAGGGGCGGCUGGAAUGAAAUCGCUGAGCCCCAGGGCACGGCUGUCCCCCAACUCAGCCCGCCCACAGAGAGGCCCUUUCAUUGCCUGCAGUGUGGCAAGAGCUUCACCCGGAAAGACACCCUGCUGUCCCACCAGCGCACCCACACCGGGGAGCGGCCCUAUGCCUGCGCCCAGUGCGGCAAGACCUUUGCCCAGCAGUCCAAACUCAGCAGCCACCGCCGCACCCACACGGGCGAGCGCCCCUACGCCUGCACCCAGUGCGCCAAGACCUUUGGCCGCAAGGAGCACUACACCCAGCACCAGAGGACCCACACGGAGGAGCGGCCCUUCAUCUGCAGCCAGUGCGGGAAGAGCUUCCGCAGGUACUUCAACCUGACGGUGCACCAGCGCACCCACACCGGGGAGCGCCCCUACCCGUGUGCCCAGUGCGGCCGCCGCUUCAGCCGCAAGGAGCACUUCCUGCUGCACCAGCGCAUCCACACCGGGGAGCGCCCCUACCCGUGCAGCCAGUGCGACAAGAGCUUCAUCCACCAGUCGCGGCUCAACUACCACAGCCGCAUCCACUCGGGGGAGCGGCCCUACGCCUGCGCCCAGUGUGCCAAGCGCUUUGCCGAACCCUCCAAGCUGGCUGUGCAUUACCGAGUUCACACCGGCGAGCAGCCCUACUCCUGCCUCCAGUGCGGCAAGAGCUUCGGCCUGAAGAAAAGCCUCGCCGUCCACCAGCGGAGCCACGCCCAGGAGCGGCCCUACCAGUGCUCCGAGUGUGGUAUCCACUUCAUCUGCCAGUCCUACCUGGUCCGGCACCGGCUGGUCCACACCGGGGAGCGGCCCUACAAAUGCACCGAGUGCGGCAAAAGCUACAGCCGCAAGGAGCACCUCCAGAACCACAGGCGUAUCCACACUGGGGAGCGGCCCUUCCAGUGCUCUGCUUGCGGGAAGAGUUUCAUCCAGAAACAUCACCUCCUGAAGCACCAGCGCAUCCACACUGGGGAGCGCCCCUACCAGUGCGGGGAGUGUGGGAGGAGCUUCCGCUGCAAGGAGUCCCUGAAGGAUCACGCCAGGGUUCAUGGCACCGAGCUGGGUCACCCGCAGGCUGCGCCCAACUCCAGGCAGGUACUGAAGAUGGGCACCGUGGGGUGAGAAUAAACACUGGUGCUGAUGGCAGCCCAGUGAAUAGACAUUGAGAACAGCAACAUGGUAACGCAACAGGAAAUGGGCAAGCCCCAAGCACUUGUCUGUUGCUAUGCCCCAGGGGAAAUUGCACAGCCCAGGAGAACCUGUGUGCGCUCCCGCCUGUCACAGCCAUGCGGCCUGAUGAAGAGCACCAGCUGCGUGGGUGUGAGGGAGCGCGGCCGCGUCUCUAAACCAAAAAGCAAGAGCAAUCUUACCCGCAGGCUGUUUGUGCAGAGCAAGUAUCGGCCAAGGGAAUGUGGGCUGCCAGUCUGCUUUUUUGAUACAAGAAAACAACUCCUGUUGCUUUAUGUUUAUAGUUGCACCCCCAGUAUCUGAGGUUAGAAUUGGGGGCCAUAGCGUGAAAGCCACAUCUCUAAAGAUAACCAUGCAGUGGGGUGAGGGGAAAAAGCUGUGGGGCAUGAGGAAGACACGCUGAAGGGAAGAGAAACUGAGGCACUGACAGAAUGAGUGGGGCCAAAUGAAUGAGUAAAUGGCAGUGUAAGUUGUAUGUUCGAGGCCUGGUGAUCCCAUGAGUUGCUUGUGAGAAAUAAGAAGAUGCCAGCAGUCAGUGGUUAGCAAAUGGGUGUAACUGGCAAAAUGGUGUAAUUUGCAAGUAAUUUUGGGGUUUCUCCUGCAAUACAGCCUGAGUGCAGAUCUUGGCAGGUAAAAGCCCCAUCCCUACAAACUCCGGGAUUCUGCUGUUCCUACUAACGUGACUGCUGGAGAACGUGCUCCCUGCUCUGGGGCCAGCAGUUCUGGUCAUCUCUUUGUAAAAACAGUAUCUUCCUUUAUCUCUGGUUUAAAAAGUGGUGUGUUGUUACCAUAUGGCUUAACGUGUACGGUAUGUGUGUGAUCUAGAAUGAUAACAUUACCUGUAUGUAUGUUUAAAAAAUAGUUUUCUAAUAAUGUUCUUUCACCUUAAUAAAAAUUAUUUUUGGCAAAGCA